GGUAGUUAGUUGUUUCCAUCAGGGACAACGGAACACAAUUGGUGUGUCAUUUCAAAAUGGCGGAUCGAGAUGAGGCAGUGCGGGAGUUCGUUGCGGUAACUGAUGUAGACGAUGAGAGGGCCCGCUUUUUCUUAGAAUCAGCCGACUGGGAUUUGCAGCUUGCCUUGGCCAGUUUUUAUGAAGAUGGAGCAGAUGAUGAUAUCGUGACCCUACCUCCACCUGAUGGUGGCUCCGUUUCCCGCUCUACAGGACCCAGUGAGCACAGAGUGACAUCCUUCAGAGAUCUGAUGCAUGAGGAAGAGGAGGAGAGUGAUGAGGAAGGCCAAAGGUUCUACGCGGGUGGCUCAGAGCGCAGCGGGCAGCAGAUUGUGGGUCCUCCCAAGAAGAAGAGCUCUAAUGAAGUGGUAGAGGACCUGUUCAAAGGAGCAAAGGAGCAUGGGGCUGUGCCUGUGGACAGAGCUGGCAGGGGCCCCGGGGAGCCAAGCCGUGCACGGCCGUUCGUGGGAGGGGGGUAUCGGCUGGGAGCAGCCCCUGAAGAGCAGUCUGCAUAUGUUGCAGGAGAGAGAAGGGCCUCAGACGGCACACAGGACGUACAUGUGGUGCUGAAGCUCUGGAAGUCUGGAUUCAGUCUAGAUGAUGGAGACCUCAGAAACUAUUCUGACCCCAGCAACGCACUGUUUCUAGAGUCUAUCCGGAGAGGAGAGAUCCCCUUGGAGCUGCGGCAGAGGUCUCGGGGUGGUCAGGUGAACCUGGACAUGGAAGACCACAGAGACGAGGAGUUCUUCAAGCCCAAAUCAGCCUUCAAGGCCUUCGCUGGGGAAGGGCAGAAAUUGGGCAGUGCGACCCCUGAGUUGGUGUCUGGUGCUAGCAUGGUGGAGGGCCAGCAGAACCCAGCCUUCUCUGAGGCCCAGGCCAGCGCUUCUCUGGCUCUGGACACUGCACAGCCAGUAACCAACAUCCAGAUCCGAUUGGCUGACGGGGGCCGGCUAGUGCAGAAGUUCAACCACACCCACAGGGUGUCGGAUGUGCGUCAGUUCUUAGUAGCAGCUCGCCCUGUCAUGGCGGCCGCAGAGUUUGUGUUGAUGACUACUUUUCCCAACAAGGAGUUGACCGAUGAGACGCAGACGCUGCAGGAUGCCAACCUGCUCAAUGCUGUCAUCGUUCAGCGGCUAAAGUGACAGUGCUGUCCAUCAGAUGGGCUGAACCACAGUCUCCAUUCCCUAAUGGGAAAAUACACGAACUUAUGGACUUCUCCAGUUCCUUUCCUCCCUUUAGUGAUAUAUUUUCCUCUUCAGAGGUUUGAGGAAUAUUUUCCUGGAAAUGGUGGUGGGGAUUGUGUACACCAGUGGGAGAGGAAGCUGAAACUAGACGAUUUAUGAAUGAGUGACUAAAGUGUUGAAAGUUAGCAAAUGCCGAUAAUAAAAGUUUUUUAAAGAAAAAAAAUGUGCUUUUACCUCAAGGUUUAUUUGGCAAUUUGCUGUAGUUCCGCUUUCUUAGCUAUUUCCUCUUGUCCUCCUGCAUCGCUGACUUGACACCCCCACUGAGACAGAAUGUUACAUAUACUAAACAGGCUUGUGUUCCACACAUGGAUAACCAUCAUCCUUGCAAACCACUGAUAAGAUUGAACUAUUUUUUUAAUUCUGUUCCUUCUCCGAGUGUGUCCAAUGUCUGAACCCUAAACACUAAGAGAGUUGGAUUUUGAUAUGGUUAACACUGUAGUUCUCCUUAUAUUUUUAUAAACGUAUUACUGUAGUUAAGAGAAGACACUGUCUGUUGGCAGUUUAUAAUGCAAAACAUGCAUAAACUGCUCUACAUUUUGAACAGGUGUUGUGUAGCCCACAGGGAAUUGGUUGUUAAAAUCCUACUUGUCUGGUAUUAAAUGUUGCGUCUGAAUGUCUUUAUAACCGGUUCUAUGUAAUGGAAGUGAAAUAAAGGCAUUACUUGAAGGCUUAA